AUGAUCGAGCCAUUAGAUUUCAGUAUCCAACUGCCACCGUCACAACCACCGGUGACGACCACCGAUCAAGAUCCCCCACUACCUAUGUUCCUCUUCGUCCACCCAUCUCAACCGCCUCAACAACCACCACAACAACCAUUUCCACCGGUGAACACAAAUCAAGAUUCUGACCCUAAAACCAAACUUACCAUGUCUCUCUACUCCACCCCACCACAACAACCACCGCAACUCCCGUUGCCACCACCACACGCCCCGCGUCGCAACCGUCGAAAACCAUCCCAUGCACCACGUGAAGGUAAAUCACCGAUCAUCGCACCACCGUUCCCAUGGGCAACUGACCACCGUGCACAAGUACACAACUUAAACUACCUAACCGAAAACCAAAUCACAACAAUCUCCGGUGAUGUCGAAUGCAAAAGGUGCGAAAAACGGUACAAAAUCGAAUACAACCUUGAACAAAAGUACCAACAAGUCUCAUCCUACGUUGCAAUGCACAUGCAUGAGUUUCAUGAUCGAGCUCCGAAGAAGUGGAUGAGUCCAACAUUGCCAACAUGCAAGUUUUGUCAUCAAGAAAACUGCGUAAAGCCGGUGAUGAAGAAGAAGAAAGGGAUCAACUGGUUGUUCUUGUUUUUAGGUGAGUUGGUUGGGUGUUGUACGUUAGCACAGUUGAAGUAUUUUUGUAAGCACACCGGGAACCAUCGAACCGGGGCUAAAGAUAGGGUCUUGUUCUUGACGUAUCUUGAGUUGUGCAAGCAGGUUAGCCCGGAUCGAUGGACCCUUUGA